CGGCGAGGGACCGUUCCUGCCCAGAGCCGGGUGGUGGGAGCCCGCUCGGCGCCGGGUCUGUGAGGCUCGGAAGGGGCUGUGACUGGGGUGGGUGGCGGGGAAAGUCGGAGUGGAGGAGACGCCAUGGACGACCAGGGUUGCCCCCGGUGUAAGACCACCAAAUACCGGAACCCUUCCUUGAAGCUGAUGGUGAACGUGUGUGGACACACUCUAUGUGAAAGUUGUGUGGAUUUACUGUUUGUGAGAGGAGCCGGAAAUUGUCCUGAAUGUGGCACUCCACUUAGAAAGAGCAACUUCAGGGUACAGCUCUUUGAGGAUCCCACUGUUGACAAAGAAGUGGAGAUUCGGAAAAAAGUGUUAAAGAUAUACAAUAAAAGGGAAGAAGACUUUCCUAGUCUAAGAGAAUAUAAUGAUUUCCUAGAAGAAGUGGAGGAAAUUGUGUUCAACUUGACCAACAAUGUGGAUUUGGAAAACACCAAAAAGAAAAUGGAGAUGUACCAGAAGGAAAACAAAGAUGUCAUUCAGAAAAAUAAGUUAAAGCUGACUCGGGAACAGGAAGAAUUGGAAGAAGCUUUAGAGGUAGAGCGACAGGAAAAUGAACAAAGAAGACUAUUUAUACAAAAAGAGGAACAACUGCAGCAGAUUUUAAAACGAAAGAAUAAGCAGGCUUUUUUAGAUGAACUGGAGAGUUCUGAUCUCCCUGUUGCUCUGCUUUUGGCUCAGCAUAAAGAUAGAUCUAUCCAGUUGGAGAUGCAGCUUGACAAACCCAAACCUGUAAAGCCAGUGACAUUUUCCACAGGCAUCAAAAUGGGUCAACAGAUUUCAUUGGCACCUCUUCAGAAGCUUGAAGAAGCUCUGUAUGAAUACCAACCAUUGCAGAUAGAGUCAUGUGGACCUCCGGUUCCUGAGCUCGAGUUGUUAGGAAGACUUGGAUAUUUAAACCAUGUCAGAGCUGCUUCGCCACAGGACCUUGCUGGAGGCUAUACUUCUUCUCUUGCAUGUCACAGAGCACUACAGGAUGCAUUCAGUGGGCUUUUUUGGAAGCCCAAUUAACCUUGAUUUUGCCUUGUAUAAGAUUUGGACCUUGGAGCUGAACCAGGGAACUAGAAAAGUAAAACAAACUUGUAAAAUGAUAGCCAUGUGCAGCUGUACAACAGUACUAUCACUAACACCUGUGUUAAAAUAUUUAUACAGAGAAAAUUUCAGAUCUAAGAUGAGAAAUAUAGGGGAUACAUAUUUGUGAAAAAGAUUUAUUUUUUACUUAUAUUUUUUCUGAAUUGGAUUGAAGCAGUGAGCCUAAUCUGAUGGAAGAGAAGAAUAAAUAAUCCAUAGAUGUAUGUUUAAGGUUGACAGACUUGUAAAAUCUUUUAAAAAAUAAAGUUAGACUUUAUAGUA